CUCUAUCACUUAUUUCACUGCUUCAAUAGUCCCAAAAAGUUUUUGUGAAGAGAUAUUGUUCUUUCACCAAGAACUCUUGUGCUCUGUGUUUGGUUCUAGCUAUCAUUCUGUAUUAUGGCUCAGACUACACCAAAUCACACACAAACCGUAUCUGGUUGGGCAGCUCAUGAUUCUUCUGGCAAGAUUACCCCAUUCACCUUCAAAAGAAGGGAAAACGGAGUUAAUGAUGUGACCAUACAGAUCCUGUAUUGUGGGAUUUGCCACACUGACCUCCACUAUGCUAAAAAUGACUGGGGCAUCACUAUGUAUCCUGUUGUACCCGGGCACGAGAUCAUUGGGGUGAUAACUAAGAUGGGGAGCGAAGUGAAGGGUUUCAAUGAAGGAGAGAGAGUAGGGGUGGGGUGUUUGGCAGCUACAUGUUUGGAUUGUGAGUACUGCAAGAGCGAUCAAGAGAACUAUUGCGAACAGUUGCAAUUUUCAUACAACGGAGUUUUCUGGGAUGGCAGCAUCACCUAUGGGGGCUACUCCGAAAUGUUCGUCGCUGAUUACAGAUAUGUGGUGCACAUUCCGGAAAACCUGUCAAUGGACGCAGCAGCUCCUCUACUGUGUGGGGGCAUAACAGUAUUCAAUCCAUUGAAAGAGCACGGUUUGGUAGAAUCAGGAGGCAAAAAGAUUGGGGUGGUUGGUUUAGGAGGACUUGGACAUAUAGCUGUCAAAUUUGGCAAGGCAUUUGGUCACCAUGUUACUGUUAUCAGCAGUUCUCCGUCCAAAGAAGCAGAGGCUAAGCAGCGUUUGGGAGCAGAUGAUUUCAUUGUUAGCUCCAACCCCAACCAAUUGAAGGGUGCGAGGAGAAGCCUAGAUUUCAUUUUGGAUACUGUAUCAGCAGAGCACUCUCUCAUAUCCAUCUUGGAAUUGCUCAAAGUAAACGGCACUUUAUUUAUCGUGGGUGCACCGUCCAAGCCAUUCGAAUUACCUGCUUUCCCAUUGAUAUUUGGCAAGAGAUCAGUGAAAGGUGGCAUCAUAGGGGGAAUAAAAGAGACGCAGGAGAUGUUGGACGUUUGUGCGAAGCACAAUAUCACGUGUGACAUUGAGUUGAUCACAACAGACAGAAUCAACGAGGCUAUGGAGCGCCUUGCUAAGAAUGAUGUCCGCUACCGUUUCGUCAUUGACAUUGCUGGCAGCUCAAAACGCUAGCCUUUUUAAUUGUCACUGGCGAAUCGUUCAUAUAGUUUUAUUUGUAGUAUUUAUUUGAUACAUGAAACUUGGGCUCCAUUAAUGUAUUCUAUGGUUGUGUGUUAUGUAUACUACUUAAGUGCUUCGCAUUUAAUUUUCUGCACAAUUUUUG